UGAUCUCACUCAUCUGAAUCGACGGUAUUAGAUCAGACCACUCUACCGAAUUGGUCUCGGACAUCGUUUUCUCAGACAGAACACCACACCCCCAAAUAGCUUCAGAUAGAUCUCUCCAUUGUUGAACCAAAACCAAGAGAGAAAAAAUGGAGCACCACACCACCACGAGCCGAGCCGAAGCCGAGCGACUCCUGGGCAUAGCCGAGAAGCUCCUGAAGAGCAAAGACUACAGCGGCUCAAGAGAUUUCGCCAUUCUGGCUCAGGAAACGGAGCCGCUGCUCGAAGGGUCCGAUCAGAUCUUAGCCGUGGCGGAGGUCCUCUUGGCUUCGGAGAACAAGCGGCUCAACAACAACAAGCCGGACUGGUACUCCAUUCUCCAAAUCCCCCAGCGCACCGACGAGACGGAGCUGAUCAAGCGCCAGUACCGGCGGCUCGCCCUCCUCCUCCACCCGGACAAGAACAAGUUCCCCUUCUCCGACUCGGCUUUCCGGCUCGUAGCCGAUUCGUGGGCCGCCCUCUCCGAUCCGGCUAAGAAAACCGCCUACGACAACGAAUUCGCCGCCCGUUUCUCCAAGGUAGAUCUCGCCGCCGCCGCGGCCGCGAAGAAACAGCAAACUCACCAGCCAAAGAAGCAGAAACCUAAAGCAAAUAAUUCGCACCAGAAAUUGCCCGUCCGCCGCAGCGGUAGAGGAAGCGCCGACGAUGGCGGCGCCGCCGCUCCCGGUGGCGGAGUCAAGGCGAACAAGAGAAGCAGCGGCGGCACGAAUUCCGACUGGCCGCCGCCGUCGGGGAAUUUCUGGACAGCGUGCCCUUACUGCUACAACCUGUACGAGUUCUCUAGGGUUUACGAUGGGUGCUGCCUGAGGUGCGACAACGAGAAUUGCAAGAGGGCGUUCACCGCCACCGAGAUUCUGUCCAUGCCGCCGGUGGUGCCGGGGAAGGAGGCGUACUAUUGCUGCUGGGGAUUUUUCCCGAUGGGGUUCACGGCCGGGAAAAUGGGCGGGGCGGCCAAAGGGUUCCCCAAUUGGAUGCCGCCCAUGUUCGAGAACGGCGAUGCGACGGCUGCUCCCUCGGCGGAGGCUCCGCCUCCUCCCGUAAACGCAACCCCACUCGCGGACGCGGAUGCAUCCCCCGCGGCGGCAGUUGCAUCUUCGGUGACGAAUAAGAAAAGGGGAAGGCCGAAAAAGAAUGUAGUCCGGUGAAGAACAUGGCCCCCUUGCGGUUUGUAGAUUUGAAGAAGGUAUGAAUUAACAAUGUAUGUUAUUUAGGGUUUGCUCAAAACAAAAAACCAAAAAAAAAAAAAAAAGAAAGAAAAAUGAACAAUGUAUGUUUAAUUUAAGCUUGUUAUGUAGAAUUUUAGUACUGGUAGUUAAAAUGGGGAGCUCUGUGUAGCUAAAUGUUUGAUAUGGUACGAGGAUGUUGGUUUCUUGGUUUAGCAGAAAUGUUUGCUUGGCCUUUAGCAGUAAGCAGUAUGGUUUAAUGUAUGCAGAAAUGCUGUCAAUCCUUUUUUUCAGGCUGUGGUGAAUUAGGUUUAUUUCUAUACAUGUUUUUGACAGUCAUCUUAUUUUGUGAAGUAACUUGUAUUUUGAAGGUUAUUUG